AUGCCUAAUGAACAGUCAUCCUCGCGUCAAAACUAUUCAGCGGAAGUUGAAGCAGCAGUGAAUAAACAGAUAAAUAUCGAGUUUUAUGCCAGCUAUGUCUACCUUAGUAUGGCAACUUACUUUUCUCGAAGUGAAGUAUGUUUACCACACAUUUCAAAAUGGAUGAGGAAACAAAGUGAUGAAGAACGGGAGCAUGCUUUGAUGCUCAUUCAGUUCCAAACACUUCGCGGUGGUAGAGUUCAAUUCGAAUCAAUUAACAAACCAGAAAGGGAAGAAUGGGAAAGUGCUUUGGAGGCGUUUAAAGCUGCCUUGAUACUUGAGAAACAAACAAAUGAAGCUCUACUCGCUCUUCAUGCUAUUGGCGAGAAACAGAAAGAUCCACAUUUGUGUGGAUUCAUAGAAGAAAAAUUCUUGCGUGAACAGGUGAAAAGCAUCGAUGAGGUAUCACGUUAUGUGACAAUAUUAACAAGAGCAGGAACAGGACUGGGUGAAUAUAUUUUUGACACAAAAAAUUUCAAACCUUCUGAGGUUUUGAAAGAAGCAAUUAGCGAACUUUCUCACUAA